AACAAAACUACACACAGGCGUCAGUGACUCACAGUGAAGAACAGUGAAGAGCUUUAAGCUGCAGCACAGCAAAAGCCUAAGAAAAUUAUUUAAUUACCAGACAGUUUCUGAAAAAGCUGUGUUGGAAAUUUCAACCCUCAGAACUUUCAGUUCUCCCACAUCCUCUGCUCAUUUCUUGAAAAAAAAAAAAAGUUUACUGGAUCUCUUCCUCUCAGUGAAAAUGCCGCUACCUGCUUUUAAAACAGACUCCAAGUCACUCGGGAUUGUCCAGAUGAUGAUCGGAGCUGUGAUACUUUCAUUUGGUUGUCAGUUAUACAAUGUUCAGCCUUUGUGUGUCCGCUCUGGAGCUGUGUACUGGGGGUCAAUUUGUUUUCUAAUCGCUGGUUCUCUGUCGGUUGCUGCCGUGGACUAUCGUAAUUCCUUCGUGGUGAAAUCCUCGCUGGUGAUGAACCUUCUCAGCGCACUGGCUGCAGUUCUAGUCGUCAUUAUGUUGUCUGUUGAUCUGAACAACUGGAGAUUAGUUUAUAUGACUUUAGGUAUUGGUGGCCUAUUUGAGGUAAUACGACGUUCAUUCGUAGUGCUCCUGCUUUUCUCUAUGCUUGAGGUCUGCAUGGCCAUCUGGACGUUUGUACUUCUGUGGAAAUCCAAAGACUCCACUGACGCUACAGUCACACCUUAGGUGAAGGAUUGACAGUCUACGUGAGGAAAACGUCGACUCACCUUAAUGCGUCUGCAGAGCUUUGUUUUCUAUGUUACAUGAUUUUUCUCAUAUAUAUUCUUUACUGAUUUGAGAUAAUAAAUGCACUUCAUGUGCACCACUGCAUCGCUUAGCAGCUGUCACAUUUUUUUGAUUUUAUUGUUUUAUUGUUUUUAAAAUGAAAUAAAUAGAAUAAAACACA